CGUACCCCCACUACUCGGCUGGUGGAACCGGAUGUGCGGCAACGUCGCAACCGUUAAGUACAUAAGGCCGUAUGGGAGGGGGGCGGAAGGGGGGUACGAGAAAGAACUGGCAACGUGUACCACAUUCAAAUCUGGACGGAACCCGGUCGGCCUCUCGGUUCACCUCCGCACAAAACAGCAGAAAACGCGGGCCGUGAUACUAUUGCAUACACGCGAUUUUCGAAUAAGUAUCCUUCCGGCAAGCAUUGCGUGUGUCUAUCUCCUAGGAUCUUGUGGGUGAGUGUAUCGUGGUGUGUCCAAUCUUCGGCGUGUCGAAAAGCACAACACGAGGAUAGAUUCGUACAGACGAAAAGAGCGGAUUUCGCGGCGCCCCCGUGCGACGAGCUUCCUCGUAAGUGUGAAUUUUACGCGCGCGCACAGUUUAAUGUAAAUGUCACGGGACAAUAGGGGUUGUGCGAGCGUGCGACGAAAGUGGUGUUCGGCGGUAAGGAAUUAUGUGCAUGGACAUUCAGGUUAACGAGAAGAAGAAGAUGAGUGAUAGCAGCGUCGACGAAGACGUACAGAUCGUCGAGGCACGACUCAACAAAGAUCUCGAUAAAGUCGUUGUCAAGCAAGAACUUCCCGAUGAAGCGGAGAUCCGAGAACUGGCAGCCAAAAUGGUGGAAGCAAACAAGGCGAAAAUGGUCAGCGGUGCACCAGGAGCACCACCGCAGCAGCAGAGGCCUCCCCAAUGUGUUCUACCACAAUCAAAUUUCCCAGGUAUUCUGGGAUACCUGAACAAACGACCGGCAGAUUCGUCAACGGCCGUUGCAACGAAGCCCCCUUCGACGGAGGGCAAGGUGCCCCCCGAUGACGAGAGUCAAAGGGGCCGUUUCGGCUGGACGAGCUUCGACGACUGUCACAUACCGUACAUAUUCCGUUCGGGCGAAAAGUAUUGCGCCGUACGAAUCUUAGAAUCUAAGUUAUUAAACAAGUACCUGAGUUACCUGCACUCGGACAUCUACAGUUGCACAUGUAUAAGGAGUUACUAUAUUACGGAAGCAGAGAGCAAAUUGUUCACCGAGAUAAACGUAAAACAUUGUGAGAAUCAGUUUGGAAGGGAACAGUUUACGUGUAAAGACUUGGUGGUACGUCUAUCAGACGCUAAGGAGUUUUACACGUUUCUGGACGUGUGUUACACGAAACUAACCACCGGCACCAAUCCGAACGCGAGCAAUGGAUCUGACAAAUGCGGUUUCAUACGGAUAAACAAGGAGUCGGUGGUUCCGUACACGGUGAAGGACGGUCUCCAGUACGUACCUUUGUUCUACUUCGAGGGCGAAACGGAGAAUCUUAAGUUAAAAGCGGAGAAGCUCGAAGGUUGGGAUCUGUCGUAUUUGAAAUUUUGUUGCAAAGUACAGGGUAUACGUAACGAACUGUUCGCAAGUGAGACGUGCUCGGUGAUUAGUUUAAAUGACAUUAAGAGUUACUUUCCCCCCGGAACGGGGUUCGAGGACUAUUGGCCGACCAAAGUUAUGGACUCUCAGUUGUUAGUGACUAGUAAAGGUGGUGGCGGUGGAGGCGGUUGGACAAAGCAGCCGCCGACACCGCCGGCGACGAAAUCCGUUCCUGUACAAAAUAACACGACUAAAGCGACGGUCAAUGCUCGUGCUGCUCCUCUGCAUAACAUUCUACCCCGUGGAUCGGUCACCAGUGCGUCACAAGCGCAACGUGUUAGCCAGCCCAGGCCUGUUGUCACUACACACCCUGCACACUCUUCUCCAACGGCUCUCUCCUCCAGCAGAUCUAACAUUGUGACCCAACCCAUGUUGAACACAGUGCAGAGUGUCAAUGGGUGGACAGGACUGGUCGGCGGGCAGCCUACCUUUCAGACAGCGCCUGUGUCUCAGGCUAAUUCUAUCAUACGAAUGCCUUCAAUCUUAAACAUGCACAAUCAAAUAUCUAAUCCACUAAAAACGUAUUCGCAAGCUAGUAGAAGUAGAGGGGGUGGUGGCAAUGCAGCAGCUCAGUAUCCUGGAGUAUAUCCAGUUACAACAAUGCAAACUGUCGCUCAAGCUCAACCACCCCCUCUUGUUAGAGCAACAGUCCAUUCCAGUCAACCUAAUCUUGGUUAUCCAACCUAUGGGAAGGAUGACUGGGUCACAUCUACAUAUACUACACCUACUUUAGGUGUACCAAAUGCUGUUACAGCAAGUACCUACCCUCAGAUGCUUGGCUUAAGCGAACAAGUACAAGCUCUGAUGCCAUCACCUACUUCAGCAUCUACACCCUCAAUCUUAUUACCCCCACAAAGGCAUACAUCUGUUCACAAUUCAUCUCAUUCAAAAUACCCACCACCCUUAAUACCAGUUAAUGGAAGUAAUAAUAGUUCCAGGGAUUCAAGAGGCAGAAAGCCAUUGAUUCCAAUAUCAGAAACACAUAUGACAACUUGUCAAGUACAACCUUAUCAAAUUCAGAAAGCACUUGUCGAAGAUAAAAUGGUACCUUGUAUUAAUUUCAAGCCAUACAUUUACUCUGAAUUAUUGAUGACGCUUCCUGACUUUGUCACUCAGUAUUUUCCCGCCUGCGACAUCAAUAGCUGUCGACAGGUUCUUACGGAUGUGUUACACAUAGACUUAUACCAAGGAAAUAGGUUACAAAUGAAGAUGUUAAUGGAAGCAGGAAAAUGUUCAUCUCUAAACGAAGAGCUCCCUUUAAUCCAAGUAAAAAGCAUAAUGAAGUACAUGCCCCAAUUUAAGUAUAUGUUCAAUAGAGGUGAAAUGGUAAUGCCAGCACCUGCACAUUCCGCCGAGGAACACCCUGCCAAAAAGCGUCAGCGCACUAGCUAGGACUGGCUACAGCCUUACUGGCCUACAUAUGACUACUACCAUUCGGCAUUUUAAAAAAGCCGACUACUUUGACUCAUGUGUAAGAAAUCAGCAGCAUAAUGCUCUGAAACACAUGAUUGACGUCACGUGCCAGAAAGUAUGCACACAACUGAGGAUGAGCCUUCUCCGACGAAGGAGUCUGCGACAUAGUGUGAGCUACUUCUUUCUCCAAAGUUUAUGCUUGUAAAUAAAAACUGAGGUGUAAAAAAAAAAAGGAAAAAAACUAGCGUUGCACAGUUGGCAAAUUAGAUAUGCUUUUAUAUAUUCAAAUUAACACUUUUCUUUAAGGUUUUGUUCCAACUUGAGAUUAUUGAACGAAGGGAAAAAAAGAAAAUACUGUCAAGACCAUUCCUCAUAUUUUUAUUUUGUUUCAUUUUUCUACCUCUGCUACAGAGUAUCUUACGUGUAGUAUUUCUAUGUAAAUAAAAUGAAAGUUUUAAUCUUAA